AUGCAGAUCUUCGUUAAGACACUCACCGGAAAGACCAUCACUCUGGAAGUUGAGUCGUCGGACACUAUUGACAAUGUCAAGUCGAAAAUCCAAGACAAGGAGGGCAUUCCCCCUGACCAGCAACGUCUUAUCUUUGCUGGUAAGCAGCUGGAAGACGGUCGCACCCUAAGCGACUAUAAUAUUCAGAAGGAAUCUACUCUGCACUUGGUUCUGCGUCUGCGUGGUGGUAUGCAGAUUUUCGUCAAGACCCUCACUGGAAAGACGAUCACUCUGGAAGUCGAGUCCUCUGACACGAUUGACAACGUUAAAUCUAAGAUCCAGGAUAAGGAAGGCAUCCCUCCUGACCAGCAGCGUUUGAUCUUUGCUGGUAAGCAGCUGGAAGAUGGUCGCACUUUGAGCGACUACAACAUUCAGAAGGAGAGCACACUUCACCUGUAUACCGACCAGCCGAGCGACUCUGUAUACAGCGCACUUUGCUCCCAAGGUGACGUAACCACCAGAAAUCGCCCCGCGACGAGCGACGCCAACAAGCCAUCUGGAGCGGCCAAACCUUCCUGGGAGUACAGCGGCACCUCUGUAUUGGUCAUGCCUUCGUAUUUCUACCAUCUUAAGUUUGAGCUAUAUCCAACCGUCGACCCGACUUCGACACACGCCACUGCUGGCACCGACAUCUGGCUUCCGACGGCGCAGACGAGCGUGUUUGACGACCUGCCAGCGCAUCCACCACGAACUAACGACAAAGAAACCUCACACAACGGGGCAUCCUUAACCAGGCCCUGGGACUGGCGUUUUGGCCUUGUGAGCAUCGAGACGAUCGAUCCAACCGAGGCCAUGGCUAUGGCCGUAGCUGAAACGAGUAGGCCCGGCGCCGCAGCCGCGCCGUCCCUAGGGCCUAGCUUCUCUGGACCGGGCACCGCCACCAAGGCGACGUGCGUCCGGCUCGAAACCCAUCAUACAAAUAUUGGAUGGGGCGUGGUACACUUCUAUCGUGACGAGAAGGAGAGGGCCGGGCCGCAACUACCCGAGGCGGAACGGUCAGUCACGGCGGCGGCGGGCGAGGAAGAGGAGGACUGUUCGACGCUUUGCAUACCCGCGGUGCCGGCGUACAUGUCGCCGGGCGAUCUGUGGGGAUUUCUAGGUGAGAAGUGGCGGGAGGAUAUUAGCCACUGCCGCAUGGUCAUGACGUCCAAAAUGAAUCGGUACCUAGUGUUACUCAAGUUCAGGCACAGCAAGGUGGCUAAAGAGUGGAAAAGGAUCUUUGACGGGACGGCGUUUAAUACGAUAGAGCCGCAGAAUUCACGAAACGUUGGCGUCAUCAUCAACAGCAGCCUUCAAUACACCCAAACCGUUUCCUCCACCAACACCGAGUUUAGUGGAAUUACCGACGUGCCCCGUGGCGGCUGCCCCGUCUGCCGCUUCACGAACGCCGACGUCGCCGACGGUGAUGAAGCACGUCCCUUUGGCCGACCGUUUGGCUCAGACGUGUCGAACCUGUGCAGCGUGUGCGACUCUACCGAUGACCUCUGGAUCUGCCUGCUAUGCGGGUACAUUGGUUGCGGGAGGUACAAGGGCGGUCACGCCAAAGACCACUGGAAGGAGACGGCGCACAGCUUUGCGCUUGAACUAGAGACGCAAUACGUUUGGGACUACGCGGGAGACGCGUGGGUGCACCGGCUGAUUCGCGACAAAGGCGAUGGCAAGGUCGUCGAGCUGCCCGGGCGCAGCGGGAGCCAUCCGCCUGCGGCCGACGAGGAUGUGGUGCCGCGCGCCAAGCUGGACAACAUGAGCUUUGAAUACACGCACCUCCUCACCAGCCAGCUGGAGUCGCAGCGGUCAUACUACGAAGAGAUGCUGAGAAAAGCCGCCAGCAAAGCUUCGAAAGCCUCGGCGACGGCUGAGUCGACAGCGCGGCAGGCCACUGUGGCGACGGAGCAGUUUAACUCCCUGGAUGGCCAGUUUCAGACGCUGCGCAUGGAGACAAUACCGCACCUCGAACGGGAUCUGGAGCGGGAGCGGACCAAGGCAGCCAAGAGCGAGACGCUGGCCCGCAACCUGAGCCGGUCCCUGCAGGAAGAGAAGAAAGUCAACGAGGGCCUCAUGCGGCGCAUCGAGCACCUGGGCGUGGACGGGGAGGAGACGAAGCGGCAGCUCGCGGCGCUGCGCCUGGAAGUGGAGGAGAUGAAGGAGAUGAAUCGGGAUCUGAGCAUGUUCAUCUCAGGGCAGGAGAAGCUCAAGGAAAUGGAGCAGCAGGGGCAGCUGGAGGAUGGGGAACUGGCGGGCGGGAGUGCGAGCGUGCCGGAGAAGAAGAGCAGGAGGAGGGGGAAGCGGUAG